GGCGCGGCCCACGCAGCUCGGGACGUCGGAGGCCGAGGCUGCCGAGUCCCUCCCGCCCCGAGGCGCCCAGGGCCGGGCUGCACUUGGGCGGCCGCGUGGGUGGCCGUGGCCGUGGCAGGCGGCUGGGCGCGGGGGUCGCAGACAUGCUGCUGCUCAAGAAACAGACGGAAGACAUCAGCAGCGUCUAUGAGAUCCGGGAGAAGCUCGGCUCGGGCGCCUUUUCUGAGGUGGUGCUGGCCCAGGAGCGGGGCUCCUCACACCUUGUGGCCCUCAAGUGCAUCCCCAAGAAGGCCCUUCGAGGCAAGGAGGCCCUGGUGGAGAACGAGAUCGCAGUGCUCCGCAGGGUCAGCCACCCCAACAUCGUGGCUCUGGAGGACGUCCACGAGAGCCCUUCCCACCUCUACCUGGCCAUGGAGCUGGUGACAGGGGGCGAGCUGUUCGACCGCAUCAUGGAGCGUGGCUCCUACACAGAGAAGGACGCCAGCCACCUAGUGGGCCAGGUCCUCGGUGCCGUCUCCUACCUGCACAGCUUGGGCAUCGUCCACCGAGACCUCAAGCCUGAAAACCUCCUCUAUGCCACGCCCUUUGAGGACUCCAAAAUCAUGGUCUCCGACUUUGGCCUCUCCAAAAUCCAGGCUGGCAACAUGCUAGGCACCGCCUGUGGGACCCCGGGAUAUGUGGCCCCGGAGCUCUUGGAGCAGAAACCCUACGGGAAGGCUGUGGAUGUGUGGGCCCUGGGUGUCAUCUCCUACAUCUUGCUGUGUGGGUAUCCCCCUUUCUACGACGAGAGCGAUCCUGAACUCUUCAGCCAGAUCCUGAGGGCCAGCUACGAGUUUGACUCUCCCUUUUGGGAUGACAUCUCAGAAUCAGCCAAAGACUUCAUCCGGCACCUUCUGGAGCGAGACCCCCAGAAGAGGUUCACCUGCCAGCAGGCUUUACAGCAUCUUUGGAUCUCUGGGGAUGCGGCCUUUGACAAGGACAUCCUGGGCUCAGUCAGUGAGCAGAUCCAGAAGAAUUUUGCCCGGACCCACUGGAAGCGAGCAUUCAAUGCCACCUCCUUCCUGCGCCACAUCCGCAAGCUGGGGCAGAGCCCAGAGGGAGAGGAGGCCUCGGAGCGGAGGAUGGCCCGCCACAGCCACCCUGGCCUCCGGUCCAGCCAGCCCCCCAAGUGGUGAUGCCCAGGCAGAUGCUGUGGCCGAGUGCAUUGACUCCUGGAUUCCCUUCCCAUGGGUGGACCCUUUCAGUCCUCUUUCCCCACCCCCAGGACCCCGGGCUGGCCUCUGCUGGAAAGCUGGAGAUGUGUGGGUGUGGUGCAUGGCACUGGGGCAGGAGUGGGACUCCCCCAUCUGCCACCCAGUCUCUGCCCUCGCCUAGGAGCUGGCGGGGUGUGUCCACAGGGACUCUCUUCCACUGUCACCACCACACCCCCUCUAGGAGCCAAAGAGGCUUCUAGAGGCAGCUCUUCCUGCACGCUCUUCUGUGCUUUGCUGACUGUGGUGGUCCCGCUUUGUGUCAUGGCCCUCCAGCCCCCCUCUAGUUUUCCUCAAAUCAAUAAAGACAGACAGAGCAAUGGGCCAAUGGCGAGCUGGAGGGAG